GGUUGUAAACCAAAAACUUUCAUGCGAUGCGUUUUAACAGUCAAAGAUUUCAGUAUUGCACCUGAGAAAUAUGUUGUGCAAACUUAAACGUUUUCCUUUGAUCGGUUGUGUCCUUUACAUUUUAUUCAUUAUUACGAUCGCUCACGUUACUGCUAUUACUAACGAUGAACUAUCACAAGAUACUGCGACCCAGACACAGUCUGUAAUAAUAACGGAGAAGUCAGACGGUUUAUAUAAGUUGGAAGAAAAACUGAGUGCUGAUGAAAUAUAUCAAAAGGCGUUAAGAAUACUCCGAACAUUGAAAUCAUCACAAAAAAAGCGAUUUGAGUUUGAUGAAACAGAUCCUAGUCUCCUCCUCCUUUCAUAUCGGCUUUUGACAAAGUUUAUCUUCUCCAUUUUCGGAUUACGUUCCCCAGUUGCGGAUAAUUCUGAAAUAGGAAAACGGAUUAUUGCUGAAUAUAAGCAUCCAAAAUUGAUUAGAGCAGUUGAAUUAUUAGAGAAGGCUGCUUUCGAAUAUAAUCAUAAUGGCGCAUUAUUUACUCUUGGAGAAAUAAAUUUUUACGCAAAGUAUACACAUCCUCGUAAUUUAACGGCUGCUCUCUAUUAUUAUCGUGAAUUAGCAAAUCGGUCUGGAAAUGCGACAGCACAACAAAUGAUUGGAUUCAUGUACGCGACAGGUAUAGGAAAUGUUGUUGAAAGAGAUCAGGGAAAGGCUUUAUUAUAUCAUACUUUUGCCGCGCUUGGACGUGAUACUGCCGCGGAAAUGACACUUGGUUAUCGCCACUUAAUGGGUAUUGGAGUGCCACGCAGUUGUGAAGAUGCAGUUUUUUAUUAUAAACGUGUAGCAGAUAAAGCAAUUGAUUAUUAUAAGUCUGGUCCGCCUGGUGGUCAUCAGCUUCCUCCUCCUCCUUUCAAAACCAGAUUAUACGAUGAAGAUGGUGGGGUGUAUGGAUAUGGAGCUAGUGGGGGUCCUGGUCAUGCAUCGAAGCAUGGUGACCAAGCUGUUUUGGAUGAUAUACUAGAGUUUUAUCAUUAUUCAGCUGAAAAUGGAGAUGUAACAGCUCAGCUAGGUUUAGGGCAAUUGUAUUAUCAAGGAACUCGUAAUAUUCAUCAGAAUUUCCAGCGUGCAUACAAUUAUCUCAAGAAUGUUGCUAAUAAAUAUUGGAUAACAGAGAAUCCGUUUGAGGAUCUACCCAAUAUGAACUCUAAGCAAAGGAUUGCUGCUGGACAGGCGGCCGGAAUUUUAGGAAGAAUGUAUUUGCGUGGUGAAGGAGUUGAACAAGAUAACAAAACAGCUCUCAAAUGGUUUAUAAGAGGUGUCCGACUGGAUGAUCCGGCUUCUUGGAAUGGACUCGGUAUUAUGUAUAUGGAAGGUAUUGAAGUGAAAAAAGAUCUUGAACAAGCCAUGCGUUUAUUCAAAUUUGCGGCAGAAAAAGAAUAUACCGAAGCACAAGUGAAUUUGGGUUUAAUUUACUUGCAUCAGAAAGGUAGCUACGAGGCCGCUUUUGAAUUUUUCCGAUUAGCCGCAGAACAAAAACAUAUACUGGCUCAAUAUUACUUAGCUGAAAUGUAUGAGGAAGGAUUAGGGGCUGAAAGAUAUUGUACAGCAGCCGCGUAUUAUAAAAUGGUGGCAGAACGAGGCGAUUGGUUACAUUCACCAUUUCUAAUAGCAUAUACAUCAUAUCGUACAGGUGACAGAGACAGCGCAUUGAUUAACUAUUUACUAGCUGCAGAAAGAGGUUAUGAAUUAGGUCAAGCAAAUACUGCAUGGUUAUUGGAUCAAGAUAAAUCGCGAUGGCAUCCACCACACUUAAUACCAAAGAUAGAUCCAUUUCGGGAGAGAUUGGCAUUAAUUUAUUGGACACGAUCAGCCAAUCAAGGAAAUGUUGAUUCACGUGUAAAAAUGGGAGACUAUUAUUUUAAAGGAUUUGGUACUGAAGUUAAUUAUGAAAAGGCUGCUGCUUGUUAUCAGGUAGCUGCAGAAGUUGAAUUAAGUGCGAUGGCUAUGUGGAAUCUUGGUUGGAUGCAUGAAAAUGGAAUAGGAGUAGCUAAAGAUUUUCAUCUCGCGAAAAGAUGGUAUGAUCAGUCCCUUUCAACCAAUCCUGACGCGUAUCUACCAGUAACAUUGUCUUUAAUUAAAUUAUAUACAAAAAGUUUUUGGAAUUACAUUACCGGAUAUGGAACUUCAGCGGAUGAUUCAGAUGAAUCAUCCAAACGGUUAUGGUAUGAUCCAAUUUUUAAUAGUGAAAGGGAAGAAAGUGAUGGGUCAGUAACGACUAAAGAAACUAAUGAGCGAGAAGGGUGGGAUGCAGUGGGUCCAGAUGAACAAUUAAUUAAAAGUUAUAAUGCCCGUAAAAAAGGCGUUGAUGAAUUUUCCGAAUCUUCGGACAUUACAGAUGAAGAAUAUGAUGAGGAAGAAUAUGAGAGUGAAGAUUUAAUGGAGAAUUUAAUGAUAUUAGUAAUGUGUCUUUUAGUUGGCUGGUUGGUGUAUUUAAGACAAUUGAGAUGGAAUCAAGCAGAAAACAAUCGUGCAGGAGGAGGGGGAGGUGGCGGUGGUGGCGGCGGUGCUGGUGCUGGUGGUGCUGAUGGUGCUCGUGCAUGGUGACAGUGUUGAUAUGGAACUUUACAGCUAUCCAUAAAUUAACUUAUUAUAUCAAUGUGUUGAUUUCCUGAGAACUCUAACUUAUCUCACUAACUUUAUUUACAUGCUAAAAGGAACCAACGUGUGUGAUCAUCAAUUUCUGGUAUUAUCAGAAUUAUAUUGUGCGAGAGAGGAAAAUUAAUAUCCAAAAUCAAAACUUUAUUUAGUAUAAUAAAUUAAUUUUUUAAUUAAUAUUAAUUAAAUCAAACUGAUUUAUUUGAUGAGCUAUAGGACUAAUGUAAUGAUGCAUAUCAUCCGUUGAUAGUUACCUUCAUGUUAUCAAAAAGUAUCGUUCAGACAAGUAUAAAAUCUUAAAACAAAUUCUUUUUUAUUCUUUUUUUUCUUUAAUUAAAUAGCGAUAUUAGC